ACAAAUGUAUAAGCCUGUGGCUACUUUGUGGUCUGGGUUUGUGUAAGAGAGAAGGGGGAGGACAUGCAUUCACAUUCAAACAUAUAUAACAGAAUAAACCGUGGUCACAAUGCAGUGAAAGAUUUUUGAAAGGAAACAGGAGAGAGGUCUCUCCCUUGCUGGGUGAACAAGCCAUGCUACAAGGAUGACUUUAUGGAUGGUCGGUCCAGGCUGAAGUGACAUUGAUGUCCUCUUCAGAUAGUCAACAUCUACAUUUCCUCAUUUGCCUCAUUCCUGCCUCCAUCAUGUCGCUGCUCACUCACGUGCUGGCGUGUCUGUUUGGUAUGGGCUCCUGGGUGGCCAUCAAUGGGAUGUGGGUGGAGCUCCCCUUGAUUGUAAAUUACAUCCCAGAGGGGUGGUACCUGCCCUCAUACCUCACAGUCCUCAUCCAGAUGGCCAACGUAGGUCCACUCUUCAUCACCCUGAUGCACCGCUUCCGCCCUGGGGCGCUGGACGAGCGGCCGGUUAUCUACUGCAUUGUGGUGUUGGGGAUCAUUGCUACAUUCCUGCUGGCUUUCUUCUGGAGGCACACAGUGACAAUAGGGGGCUCUUUGCACAGUGUGCCCCUGCUGGUGUUAAGCUUCCUGCUCUCCGUAGUAGACUGCACCUCCUCUGUUACCUUUCUGCCUUUCAUGAUGCGACUGCGUCCACAGUACCUCACUACGUACUUUGCAGGUGAGGGACUCAGUGGUCUGGUGCCUGCACUGGUGGCUCUAAUUCAAGGUGUUGGUGUAGUCCACUGUCAGAAUGCCACUUUGGCUGGUUUAGCCAACAAAACAGCUGAUAAUUUCACUGGGGUUAGCAGUGCAGAGCUACAAGCCAUCUACCAGCCGGCUAAGUUCUCUGCCCAGGUCUUCUUCGUGUUCCUUAGUGCUAUGAUGGUCGUGUCCCUGGUAGCCUUCAUCCUACUCAACCAUCACCCAGCUGUGGCUCGGGAGAGGAAGAAUGACCUGUACUUCAGUGGGGAUCUUGCUCAGGGGAAGAGAGAACAAGGACUGUCUCUGCACGCUCAGACACCAGAGCAGAAGCCAAUGAUCAGUCCCCUGGAGGCGGUCAGGAGGGAACCCAGGAGCUCCUUUGGGACGGGGAUGUACAGCAAUCUCGAGGUGGUGUUCAUCUUCCUGGUGCUGGCCUGGGUCAACGCUCUGACUAACGCGGUGCUGCCAUCAGUGCAGUCCUAUUCCUGUCUGCCUUAUGGUAACCAGGCCUACCAUCUAGCUGCCACCAUGGGUGCUGUUGCUAACCCAGUGGCCUGCUUCAUCGCCAUGUUUAUGCCAAUUAGGUCUCUCAUCUUCAUGGGUUUCUUGACCAUGUUUGGGACUGGAUUUGGAGCCUACAUCAUGGCCAUGGCUGCCCUUAGUCCCUGUCCCCUGCUGGUCUACAGUGCUUCUGGAGCUGUAAUCAUAGUCCUGGCCUGGAUCCUGUUUGUCCUGUCGCUGUCAUAUGUGAAGGUCAUCAUCGGGGUGAUUCUGCGGGACGAGGGCCACAGCGCCCUGGUGUGGUGUGGAGCAGUAGUGCAGUUGGGCUCCAUGGUUGGCGCCGUAUCCAUGUUCCCGUUGGUCAGUGUCUAUGGACUUUUCAAGUCAGGUGAUGCUUGCAACACUAAAUGUCCAAUGUAGACGAUAAGUUAAUAUGUUUAAGUUAAACACUGCUGUACGAAACUCAACUUCAAAUUGCACUUAUUUCAGUGGCACCGAAUUCAUUUUGCUCAUCAGAUUUACAUUUAGUACAUCUUCUCACGAGAGUCAGAUGAUGAAUCAUUGCUUUUACAUAGAUAUCUCUAUUUAUUUGACUUAUGGAGUGAACUCUAGACAGGGAUGAAGUGACAUCUACUGUACAUUCUCAAUGUCUCAGACCACAAACGACCAACUAAAGUGUAUGUUACUGCUGAGGAUAUUAUAGUUCCUUCUCAAUUCAGAGGUCAAAGCCAUUUUACUUGAACUGUUACCAUUAUGUGAGUGAUGUUGCUUUUAUAAGAACCUGUGAUACCUUUGGCUUUAAGAUGUGCCUUAAUUUGAGACGGACAGAUUUGUAGUUUUUGGUUUGUUUAACGUUAUAACUUGCUUUCUGUAUGUGACAAGUGUGGAGAAACUGUUAUAUCCAUACCAAAUAAAACUUUUCUUUUUAUUGCUA